AUUUUAAAAAGAUAUUUCUGGUCGAAAUCGAAACUACUAACUACUCUACUAAAUCUUUCGGUUUCGAAAUCAUUGUCUUCCGCUUAGGGAUCGUGUUUCCUUCAUGUAAAAUUCACUUAGGCCAACUUGAAUUACUUUAAUUGUACUCUCUUUAUAUAAAGAAUGGCUCUUUUGGAUGUAAGUGGAUAUAAAUAUAACUCUGCGUCACAGUGUGGCUUUAAGCAAACGCAUCUUCUCGACCGGUCGAAUCACUAUAGUUUUGGGACCAAAUGCCAGGAGUUCGCGGUACCCGUCGGAGUUGACCCCUCUAAGUUUCUGAAGUCAUGCAGUUGUGAGGAUGGUGUUUCCAUAGAUCUGAAUCAUGGCACCACAACCCUGGCGUUUAAGUUCCGUCAUGGAGUCAUUGUGGCCGUUGACUCCAGAGCAUCAGCUGGAAAAUACAUAGCAUCAAAGGAGGCCAAUAAAGUGAUUGAGAUCAACCCUUACCUGCUGGGCACCAUGUCAGGCAGCGCUGCAGACUGUCAGUACUGGGAGAGACUGCUGGCGAAAGAGUGCAGCUGUGUCAGAAAAUGUAUUCAGUCAAAAGCUUUGGUUGAAGAUUAUAAGAAGAACACAUCAAAGGAGGCCAAUAAAGUGAUUGAGAUCAACCCUUACCUGCUGGGCACCAUGUCAGGCAGCGCUGCAGACUGUCAGUACUGGGAGAGACUGCUGGCGAAAGAGUGCAG